AAAGUGUGGGAUUCAGUAGGGCCUGCAGUGCCUUGAUAAAAUUAUUCUGUGGCGUGCAUUGGUCGCUUAGAGUGUCAAUCAAUUCCGAGGAAUAAGAAAAGACAACUUGAGUCAGUCGUGCAUUUCGAAAGGUAAAAUGCUGAGGCUCGCGUUGCUCGCUUGUCUACUGACGACGUUUGUCGUCGCGUACGAACCGUUCACAGUGAUCUUCCAAUGGAAGACCAUAAGUUACAACUGGCCGGCCGAAUACUCCGAGAAGGACGCUCGUUACCACUACGUACCGGAGAACAAUGCCAUCGCUGGUAUCAAGUUGUGGAAGGGUAACAUGUACCUGACGAUACCUCGGUGGAAGAGCGGGGUUCCAGUGACCCUUGCAAGGACACCGUCAACUCCGGUGCAAGACAAGAAAGGCUUGAGAAACACCAAACCGAAGCUGGACGCUUAUCCGAGCUGGGACAUGCAGUUGCCGGGCGAUUGUAACGCGUUCCAAUCGGUGCAGAGCAUGGAGAUCGACCCUCAAGGCAGGAUGUGGGUCCUGGACACGGGAAGAACCGAGACGAUGGGCGAACACCCGACCGUCAGGUGCCCGCCACGCCUGGUGAUAUUGGACCUGGAAAACGGAGGUGCGGUUUUGAAGAAGUUCGAGUUCCCCGACGACGUUGCUCGCCACAACUCUUCCUACUUGAACGACAUCGUCCUCGACCACGAGGACGGCGGCUACGCCUACGUAUCAGACAGCGGACUCGAACCCGCGAUCAUAGUUUACUCCCUGAAGGACGACAAGGCUCGGAAGGUCACCCACGAGACCAUGAAGGCCCAGGCCGACGCGGUGAGGUUCGUCGUCGCAGGGACAAGCGUCAUCCAGCACGUCAACGUCGACGGAAUCGCUCUUUCGCCCCCGGGACCGAACAGGACGCUUUACUACGCGCCGCUGUCUUCGCUCCGUCUCUACUCCGUUCCCGUCGAGGUCUUGCGAAACGACUCGAUAACCGACCUUCGAGAUUACGUCGUCGAUCUGGGCGACAAGACUUCGCAGAGCGACGGCAUGGUCAUGUCGAACGCCGGCGUUCUUUACUACGGCCUUUUGGCCGAUGACGCCAUCGCCAUGUGGAACACUUCGACGCGUCAGCCCUUCGCUACCGGACGGAGAACCAUCUCCAGGGACCACGAUCUCACCCAGUGGCCCGAUACUUUUGCUUUCGACGAAGUUGACUCGCUUUGGUGCGUCGUCAACAGUCUUCAGAACUUUUUGAACAACAAGGUGGACGUAACUCAGAACAACUACAGAAUCGUGUCCAGUAAAGUUAAGCAGAGGAGUUAUCAGUACUUACCCAACAACACGGCUCCGGAACUUCCGGUUAUCACUGCCGCUGCUGGUCAAAUUCGAAUCGCGAUGUCCACCGCAUUUGCCAUCCUCCUCGUCUUCCUAGUUUGCUAAUUUAUUCGCUUAAACGAUUCCGUGCGACGAAGAAACUCCGUGUACGUUAAUAUUCCUAUUCAACUUUAAUUUCGUAUUACAUAUAUGUAUGUAUAUAAUAUCGUCAGUAUAUAUUAUACAUACAUUGUACAUGCUAUACAGUAUACGUUGAAUUAUACCUAGUACACUAAAAAUAUAUGACACCGAUCAACCUGCGUCAGAAAAUUAUGCUUAUCAUGUGUUCGUACGUAAGUGUAAACGGGUAUCGAAAAGCUUGAAUCCAGUAUCGUCUUGUUUACGAUUCGCUCGACUAUCUACCAAUAAUUGCUACACCGUCACAAACAAUUUUGACAGUUCUUAUUUGAUUGCAUUAGGAUGACGUGGAGUUGGAAAUAUCAUGAUUAAGCGGAGUUCUUUUCCGAUGCGACGAAUCCCGAUUGUCGGUCAUUCAAACUCUGUAACUGCGACUUCCAAUUAUAACUGUAGUGUUUUAUAAUUCUGCAAGAAAUCGGCAAGUAUCAUAAAUGUAUCAUACAGACUGUAGGUGAAAGAAGUACGUCACCUAAAAAUCAGUUUUCCGGUAUUACUUACUGACUGCAUGCAGAUUCAGCUGCUACGACCAAUUCCAAUGUAUCAAAGGAUGUAUUUAAUUUACAUUACAUUUGGUCGAUGUGCUGCGUUUAAGUAUCGCUCCAUUUGCCCCGAUAAAUAUUUAGGGUGACCCACUAGGCUUACACGUAUACUGAUAUGUGUCGAAACCUCAUGUAAAACGACCUGCUGCCUCAUGUAACUACGCUACAUACCAUAAUAGUUAAUAGGAAAAACGUAUAAUAUUAUACUAUAGUAUUUUUGUAAAAGUAUAAGAAAAAGUCUAUCAUAUACAUAUAUACAUAUAUCUUAAGUAAAUAUGUAGGGUAGUUCGAUUGGAAAACUUGUUUUACAUAUCACUAAAAUCCUACCUAUAGGAUGUCUCUCAAACCCAAUUUUGAAAUCGCAUUUCUGAAAUUUCUCCUCAAAAUACUUCCCCAGGAUCAACGUGAUAUUGUAGAAUUCAGCUUAUUUCGACAAGUGGCAAUAAUUUUGAAAAAUAAUAAUGUCUUUUCCACGUUGUUUAAAUAAGACAAUCUCAAAUUUCGAGAGCGGUUUUUUAAAAUUGGACUUAAACGACGUUUUACCGACUUUUUGUUUUUUCUUUGUGCCACAAGUUUUUCAAACGGCCGGCGAGAAGAGAACGUUUCGUCUGGACUUAGCACCCUAUAAAUAUAAUUAUGUAACGCGUAUACGUAGAAUAAGCUUACCAUAUACAUGUGUUAACAUAGAAAAGUUGUAUAUAUUCAAGUUAUACAAAGAAUGGAGAAAAAAGAAAUCAUCCGUGCAUCACAAACCACGACGAAAUUGCUAGGAUUUGAGAAAUCAAAUAAUUAGUCGAGGGCCGGGCAAAAUGGGGUUUGAGGGGGCAAAAUGGGGUACUCUUAAAAUCUUAUAAAAAAAUGUUGUUUUUCAAAAUGUUUCUUAAAUAGGCAAAAAUGACUUCAAAAAAAAUUAUUGAGCAUUAUUUUGAAUCUUCAAAAACGUUCGAAAAAUUUUUCUUUCCCCCGACAUCUGACAAUUAUUUUUAUUUCCUUUGCGUACAAUUAGAAAACAAAAAUUUUAUUUAGCGUAUUUGAAUGCUCGAAAACUAAGUAUUUCCUUAAGUACCAAGUUUUGCUCUCCCACCCCCUCCCCUACAUUCCAAACGUAUUUAUUGUAGUCAAUUAUAUGAAAAGGAAAAAGAAAAAAUGAAACUAACGCAAAACACGCGCUAAUCCUCGAAUAUAUAUAUUCUUUCAGCACGUAUACCUAAACUAGCCUAAAUUUACAUAAAUUUAUGUGAUAAACAAAUACGUAGGUAUAUAACAUGUAUGUAGUUAUUAAGAGCAUCGACUCGCAGAAUAGCCUUGACGCCAUCCAACAACCAACCAUACUAACGAGGCGUGAAAAGCGCAUGGAUAGGUGUGUGGAAAAGCGUACGUGUGAUGUUUCACGGCCAGCUGUAACGUUUUUGAAUCUCGAAUUGUACAUACGUGUAACGUAAUUAUGCGGCUUAUUCGAUGCAUGAAGAACAUUAUUCCAUUUUUUUGUUACAUGGCAAAGGAGACACUCCAUUUAGUUCUAUUGUUGGAACUGUUAGGUCAAAGUUGUUCUGUGUAUGAUGUCAUUUUAUUUUUAGGUCGUUACUUGUUCACCAAUUCAUCCUUAUGGUCUAAUUCACAUCUAACAGUUCUAACUUCAUUACGGUUUCACCCUUGGUACAGAAGACACGAGUCAAAUGUUAAUGUUCACACCCUUUAUGUUACAUCUACACUCAAACAAUUGCUUAGAAAUCCGAUUAGAUGAAGGAAUUAGUUUGCUGUUUCACCGGAGCAAAAAUUUACACCGUAAUUAUAUAUUUUGUGAUUACUUACAUUCUAUAGAGCAAUUACGAGACGUUCUUUACACAUAAAUUUUACUUUGAUUACGCGGUUUCUCAUGAUUUCGAAAAUUCGAUAUCAUUUCUUAAGAUUGCAAAGAGAUUCUUGCAAUUCUAAGUGAUUUCUUAUAAGCAACAAUGAUUAACUCUAUGAUCACUGAUGUAGAAUUUUACUUCAAUAUUACUGAUUUCAGUGUCAUUUCGGAGAUUACGAAAUCAUUUCGAAUGAUAAUAACAUCUCAAUUGCUUCGGUGAAAUACACCUCGGAUUAAAUCCAACGAGUAAAAACUUAUCGGAAUCAACUUUGUCAUAUGAAUCGAAAAAGUUAUUUAAUCAUCCGGGAUUAAAUUGAUUGGCGACUCUUUUAUUUCCGCUACUGUGAUUCGCACUGCUUGUUGUCCGGGUAUUAAAUUUCUCAUGGAUGAUGAAUGUGCUCUUGAAUAAUUCAUUCAAGACCUUUGCGUGUAUUUUCACAACUGUACACCAUGCCAGUCAGCUGCAUACACAUGCAUCGACUAUACGUACCUUAUGUUAAACAGAAGCUGGCCACGCAGCGUACAAAUGAUGCGUAUGAAGAAUAAUUAAUUUGCAAGGUACUUGUGCGUAUACUACGUACUACAUCAAAUAUCGUAUGUAUGAGUGAAAAAAAAAUGGCAAGGCUUCACCAUAUACGCAAAUGGACAGGUGACUUCAUCGGACAUGCCGCAGUAAAGAAUGUCGAACACGAGGACGAUCUGAACAUUCGAUACCUACACUAAUAAUAAGUAUAAUGGAAUCAGUCAGGUAUGAAAUUGCAGUGCUGUGCACGUGCAAAGUGUAAUAAUAAUAAUAAUCAUCCGGAGUCACUGAUGAUCCGUUGUACCUGAUAAUCGAUGGUCGUUUGCAAAAUCUUUUAAUGUAGAUUUAGAUCUUCUGAUGUAGAUAUUAUAAUUAAACAAUUACCAAUU